AUGCAUUCGUUUCUUGGACGGGGAAAGACCCUCCAGUUCGCUUUGACGGUAUGCUGCUUAAUGGCCUUUGUGCUGUUUGGCUACGACCAGGGUGUUUUUGGUGGAAUCCUAGAGAAUAAAGAUUGGUUGGACCAGUUCAAUCAUCCUUCUGAUUCGAAGACAGGUAUUGUUGUUAGCUGCUAUAACCUCGGAUGUUUUGCCGGAUGUGUCGUAAACUACAUGAUAGGGGAAAUGCUCGGCAGACGUCGAAGCAUAUGGUUUGCUAUGGCCUUCGUGAUUGUCGGAGCGACGCUUCAAACUUCAGCCUUUACAGUACCUCACCUUAUCAUCGGUCGAUUAAUAACAGGCGUGGGUACUGGAAUCAAGACAUCGACUGUGCCCAUGUACCAAUCCGAGCUCUGCGAUCAGCGAUCUCGUGGUCGUCUUGUUUCAGCAGAAGUGCUGUUUGUCGGUAUAGGUAUCGUGAUUGCAUACUGGUUCGACUUCGGUAUGUCAUACGUUGGAGGCCCCAUUGCCUGGCGCCUACCUAUAGCCGCACAAAUAAUUUUCGCUCUCGUCGUUGUGAUAUUGGUCAUCGGGCUCCCAGAAUCCCCACGAUGGCUAUAUAAGCAUGGAAAAUACGAAGAGGCGAUGGAAACCCUUUGCAAAGUAUAUGAUAAAGAGUCUACCGAUGUUUAUAUCCUAGCAGAACGGGACGCUAUUAUCUCUGCCCUUGGGCCCGAGUUGGAAAAUACGGAAAGCAACAGCCUUCUAGCCUUGUUCAAGGAAGACAACGUGAAAACAAGAUACCGUGUGCUCCUUGCUUGGUGGGUUAUGUUUAUGAAUCAGGCCGGUGGGAUUAACCUCGUUGUUUAUUAUGCACCAUCGGUUCUUGUUCAAAACAUUGGAAUGACACCAAAACUUGCUCAAAUUCUCGCUGGAUUCAUCAAUUUAAUGUUCGCCCUCGGUUCGAUCAUACCCACACUUACAUUGGACCGCAUGGGUCGACGAAGAACGAUGAUAUGGGGAUGCGCCGGUCUGAGCAUUUCCAUGCUGAUGGUUGCUGUUCUCCUAUCUCGUUCUGACGCCCCGAAUGGACAUGCUUGCGCUAUUGGUGCCAUUGCAUUCCUUUUCAUCUACAUGCUUAUCUUUGGAAUGACUGCCAACUGCGUUCCGUGGGCACGCACGCGUGGCACGGCAAUCGGUGUUGGUUCGAACUGGCUGUGGAACUUUACGGUCGUCAUGAUCACUCCCGUUAUCAUUAACAGGCUACACUGGAAAGCAUAUCUUGUCUUCAUGGCCACGAAUGCAGCCUUCGUGCCUGCUUUCUACUUCUUCUUCCCCGAAACCAGCAAUUUGCGACUUGAGGAAAUUGACCUUAUUUUCACGCGUCCUGGUAAUCCCGUGCAGAAUGCUCGGGAGAUGGCAAUGGAGAUAAAGAGAUUUGGUCACAUUGCGGAGAAUACAGGGAGUGGAUUAGAACCUGCCAUGGUACUCAAGGAGGAAAGCGACGAGCAAUGCGAACAUGCUUAG